AGGAGCUUUUCUAAAAUUGCAGGAGUGCAGAGGAAUGCCUCAUCUGUUACCUUCACUGUGCAGACUGCCACUGGAGACCAAAAAAUGAGUAAGAUCCAUACUAUAGCACUAUAGCUUCUGCAUCUUUUCUUAAACUAACAACAAACCUUCUGCAAAUGUCGCAGAGCAGCCUGAAAUGUGGUCAGCUAUCCUGAGGAGGUAUGAAUACAAGCAAGAGCGAGACAGUGAAAGAGCACCCAUUAAAACCCUCUAGAAGAUCUAUGCCAUGCCUUGCCCAGAGCCAAACACAUCCUCAGAGCCUGAGCAAGCAUUCAUCAUUUCUGCAGCCAAACCGUGUGCAGCCACAGCUCCAGCCCCAGCCUUUGAGUGCAGGGACGUCAGCAGCUGCAGUGGAUGUCGUGUCAGAACGAGCUAAAGUGGUGGAGACUUUGGAAAGCAACUUGCUUAAACUGUCUAAUACAGAAUACGGUGAUCCAUUUUCAGAUGUAGGCAAGGAAAAAGAUACAUACACAGAUGAUUCAGAACAUGGGAAUUAUGAUGCUCGUACAGAUCAGUCAUUGCUUAUUCAAAAUAAGCUCACCAGGCAGAAAACAGAACCUCGAACUAAAUCUUCUCUAAAGAGUGAUGCCAUGGCAUUAUCAGGACUCUUCUUCAAAGAUGGCAAAAAGCGCAUUGAUUACAUCUUGGUCUACAAGAAAUCAAGCCCACAGGUAGAGAAAAGAAGCACAUUUGAGAAGAAUUUGAGAGCAGAAGGGCUUAUGUUAGAACGGGAGCCAGCUGUUACCAACAGUGAUAUCAUGUUUGUUAAAAUUCACUGUCCGUGGGAGACAUUGUGCAAGUAUGCAGAAAGAAUGAACAUCAGGAUGCCUUUCAGGAAAAAAUGUUAUUACACUGACUGGAGGAGCAAAACCAUGGGCAGUUUGCAGAGGAACAUUAGAGAGCUGAAAAGCUGGUUGCCCAGAAAUCCCAUGAAGCUGGAUAAGGAGGCCCUGCCUGAUCUGGAGGAGACAGAUUGCUACACAGCCCCCUUCAGCCGCGCGCGCAUCCACCAUUUUACGAUAAACAACAAAGACAGCUUCUUCAGCAAUUCCACAAGAAGUAGAAUUGUGCAUCAUGUGCUACAGAGAACUAAGUAUGAAGAUGGAAAGUCCAAAAUGGGUAUUAAUAGGUUACUAAAUAAUGGCACAUAUGAAGCAGCAUUUCCACCACAUGAGGGAAGCCACAAAAGCAGGCAUCCCAUCAAAACACAUGGAGCACAGAAUCACAGACACCUCUUGUAUGAGCGCUGGGCACGGUGGGGAAUGUGGUACAAAUACCAACCUCUUGAUUUAAUCAGGCGAUACUUUGGUGAAAAAAUUGGACUGUAUUUUGCCUGGCUGGGAUGGUAUACUGGAAUGCUUAUUCCUGCCGCCCUGGUUGGGCUCUUUGUUUUCCUCUAUGGAUUAUUUACAAUGGAUUCCAGCCAAGUAAGCAAAGAGAUCUGCGAGGCAAAUGAAACCGUUAUGUGCCCUAUGUGUGAACGCAAUUGCACACUACAAAAACUCAACGAAAGCUGCAUAUAUGCCAAGGUUACACAUUUGUUUGAUAACGGAGGGACUGUCUUCUUUGCAAUUUUCAUGGCAAUUUGGGCAACAGUCUUUCUGGAGUUUUGGAAAAGACGGAGAGCUGUAUUGACUUAUGAUUGGGACCUCAUAGACUGGGAAGAUGAAGAGGAAGAGCUGCGUCCCCAGUUUGAAGCUAAAUAUUCCCAAGUGGAAAGAGUAAAUCCCAUCACAGGAAAACCCGAACCUUUUCAGCCUUUCCCUGAUAAGCUCAGUCGACUGAUGGUGUCUGUCUCAGGAAUAUUCUUCAUGAUUUCACUGGUCCUUACUGCAGUGUUUGCAGUUGUGGUGUAUCGACUGGUAGCCAUGGAGCAGUUUGCUUCUUUCAAGUGGUAUUUCAUCAAGAAGUAUUGGCAGUUUGCAACAUCUGGCACUGGAGUCUGUAUUAAUUUUAUGAUCAUCAUGUCACUCAAUGUUGUGUAUGAAAAAGUUGCCUAUCUCCUGACAGAUUUAGAGCACCCUAGAACAGAAUCUGAGUGGGAAAACAGCUUUGCCUUGAAAAUGUUCCUCUUCCAGUUUGUCAACUUGAACAGCUCCAUCUUCUACAUCGCCUUUUUUCUUGGCAGAUUUGCAGGCCGCCCAGGAAAGUACAACAAGCUUUUUAACAGAUGGAGGCUGGAAGAGUGUCAUCCUAGUGGCUGCUUGAUAGAUCUGUGCUUACAAAUGGGAGUUAUUAUGGUUUUAAAACAAAUGUGGAACAACUUCAUGGAACUAGGCUAUCCUUUAUUACAGAAUUGGUGGUCACGACGCAAAAUGAAGAGAAGAGGGCAGUCAAUGGAGAAUAAAAUUUCUCUACCUCAAUGGGAAAAAGACUGGAAUCUGCAACCUAUGAAUCUCCAUGGUUUAAUGGACGAAUAUUUAGAGAUGGUUUUACAGUUUGGCUUUACCACCAUCUUUGUGGCUGCCUUCCCCCUGGCACCUCUCCUGGCACUGCUCAACAACAUCAUAGAAAUCAGAUUAGAUGCAUACAAGUUUGUCACUCAGUGGCGAAGACCCAUGCCUGCAAGAGCAACAGAUAUAGGUAUUUGGUAUGGAAUUCUGGAAGGAAUUGGAGUUCUGGCUGUCAUCACCAAUGCCUUUGUUAUUGCCAUUACUUCUGAUUACAUUCCACGUUUUGUCUAUGCAUACAAAUAUGGUCCCUGUACAGAUCAAGGGUACAGACAAGAAAAAUGCUUAAAAGGAUAUGUCAACAGCAGCUUGUCAGUAUUUGAUUUGAGUGAACUUGGGAUGGGAUACUCAGGAUACUGUCGGUACAGAGACUACAGAGCCCCACCAUGGAGUUCGACUCCAUAUGAAUUCACUUUGCAGUUUUGGCAUGUUCUGGCAGCACGGCUGGCCUUCAUCAUAGUGUUUGAGCAUCUUGUUUUUGGAAUAAAGUCUUUCAUUGCCUACCUAAUUCCAGACAUACCCAAAGACUUGUGUGACAGAAUGAGAAGAGAGAAAUACUUAGUCCAGGAAAUGAUGUAUGAGGCUGAACUGGAACAUUUGCAAAGAGAAAGGAAAAAGAAUGGGAAACAGUAUCACCAUGAAUGGCCUUAGUCACUACAGUGCUACAACAAAAACACUUUGGAAUUGGAGAGAGAAGUUGCAAAAUGAAGUCAGUCUGGCAUCCGUGUGAGAUUUGGUGGUGGUGUAUUUAUGUUCUUGCUAGGCAGUGCAAUUGCAUACUUUGGUGGGCACCGAGAAAUGGAUGUUUCCAGUGAUGUCAAUGAAAAGCCUUACAUGUAACUGGUCUGUGAUGAGCUCCAAUGAUAAUUGGCAUUCAGAAAUGUGCAGAGUAAAAAUCUGAACACUGUUUAAAACAAGGCAAUGGGUUUUCAUGCUGUUUAUGAACAUACUAUCAGCAUGAUGAAAACAGAAAAUUACCUGUGAACCUAUAGAGUAAGGGCAUGACUAAAACCAACUUACGUGAUAUCCACUACUUCUACAGCUUCUGAUUGCUCAGCUCCAUCUGUAAUGCCUUUGAAGAAAAGAGCAAUUGUUGCCUUUGUGGCCAUGACUUGAUCUUUAAGGCUUACUGUUUUGUCAGGUUUGUCCUAGUCUCUUGUUGAGAUUGUGGAUGUGGUCCUACCCUAAAAAAGGGGUCUGUGGCUGCUAAAUAUAUACUAUGCAGUUUAAAAUUUGCACAUUAGUGUCAUUAAUUUAUACAUCUAGUUGAAAACCAAAAAGUCCAAAUUCAGAAAGAAAACAGCAGCACCAGGAGAAGGUAAUUUUCUAUUUGAAAAUUACACAGCUGUUGAGUUGUCCUUGCACUUUUCUGUGUGAAAGGCCAUCUCCACACGCUUCCAGCAUGAAAGAACUGUCAUUUUCAUGCUAACUGUGUUACUGUUCCUCUUGAUCUGCCUGGGCAAUGAUUCCAUGACUUCACAGAGUGCUAACUUGAAAUACUCCCAUGCAGUGCAAAUUACUUUCUCUUCAUAUACAAUUAUAUCUUUAUAGUAUGCAAGCUUCUGCCAAUAUAUAUGAGACACACAGUAUAGUAUUGUGGCUUGCUUUUUCAGGGAAGGAGAAGAGGAGGAAUUUGUAACAAGGUUCUUCUUGUAACAGUAAAUAUUGCAGUAAUGUACACUUCUUUUAUUGGCCUAAAUAUGUCAUAACAUUGGAGCUGGAUACAGGCAAAUAUGUAUACAGAUUGUAUAUAAAUGCAUACACACACGGUAUUUACUAUUAUUAUUAUUAGUAGUAGUAUGCCUUCUUACACUUGGGGUGGAUUUUUUGAUAAAAUCACUAAAAAAGUGGAUGUUCAUUGAAGAAUCAAAUUUCAGUUUUUAUGUGCAAACAGCAUACUGCAGUGUUGCUUGUGGUUAAUAGUCACAUUUUGGUGAUGAAAUUGUCUGUUACUAUAAUACUAUGUAAUACAGGAAAAGCACUUAAUGUUUAAACAAAUUUAAGGGAUACCUUGAAGGGAAGGGAAUGGAUAAACAGAGUUACAGUGGUUCUGUUUCUCUCCUACAGUUUUAAAUAAUGCUUUUCUGUAUUGGAUGAGAAAAUCUAAAAAACAAAGAGUCAGCAAAGCACAAUAGCUACAAAGUCUACAAAUUUUGACAUUAUUUUUAGGGAUAAAGCUGCAGCAAAAUCACUGCUGGCAGAUAUGAAAAGACCUGAAUUUUUGCUAUUUACAUUAAUCUUGUGUAAUUAAAAAGUGUGAUUUUAGUAUUCACUUGCAUUUAUUAGCACAAUAAUUUUAUUUCACUGAAAUUAAUUUCAAGAGUCAAGAGCCCAUCAAAGUAGGUAAAUAGGAUCUGUUGUAUCCAGAGAGCCUAACAUCAGACUUUCAAGUUCUUCAGUUGUUUCACCACAUUCAUGAGCUCUCUUGAUUAAUUUCAGUUCUGUUACCAGACAAGGCACUUGUAGGAGUAUCUAUAGUACGGCAUAAAAGGAGGAAGGAAAUUUGAAGAUCAGGCCAAAUCAGGUAUAUUACCCAUUCAUUCUGUGAUAAAGGGCGGAUGGAACGCAGCUUGCCAUAUUUUGGAAAGGCUGUUUUGUUCCUUCAUCUUCUGGGUUGUGCAUUAAAUUCCUCAGAAGUCAUUAUCAGAAAAAAUUACUGCACUCUUCUUCAGUGCUAAUACAGUCACGAGGUUUGAUUUAAUUUAUUGUUUCUUUGUCUCAUUCUGUGGACUGUCACACACUGUUUGACAGCAGUAACCGUGUUUCACAGUUUUUAUUUGUGUGCCAGCUUGUGAUAAAAAUUGAAUGCUACAGAAGGCCACAAAUGAGCUCAUUGUAAUAUUUUCUCUAAAAACAAAAUGUCUUGGCUGGCCCAAGUUAUAAAGAUACAGAGUAAAAUCAGGCAAAAAUCAGAAACAUUAUUUUAUACUUUUUUGGUUUUGCUGUUGAUAUUGGCAUGUGUCAAUACAUACCAAGGCAAAUUCCAGUGGGACUUCAAAAACCACAUUAAACAAUCUUUUUGUAUUUGAGAUUUACAUUUAUAUAUAUUAUUAAUUUUUUUCAACACUGGGAUAUAAGAACGUAUGAAAGGCAAGUAUGUAGAUCUGACAUGGUGCAUUUUAUGCACUGGGAAAGGACAAAAAGCUUGGAGAAACACUCUGUAUGUCCUUUACUUUUGGAGGACAUCAACUGUCUAGCCAUUUGCUUAAGCAGAGAAACCUUUUUGCUGGACUUUGCUCAGUAUGCUGUUUUCAUUGACUGCACGUUAUUUUCCUAAAUAAUAAGGCACACACUGUCCUCAGGAAUAAUGUAUUUUUUGAAUGGUGAAUGAUCUUUUAAUAUUUUAAAUAUUGUCUUUUCAAACAAAUGACUAAUAUGACUAGACUGUGCAUGCAGGCUGCAUUUGUGAAAUUUGACAAAGCUUUAGAACCUCAGUUUGUGCAAAAAUGCUUUAGAUCAUUGCAGAUCUAAUCUAUGGAAAGUUUGCUCUAUGCAUGCGCCCUUAGAGACACUGCAUGAGCAACUGGAUUUUUUUAUAUAUGAAGUAUUUGUUCAAAAUGUGUUAAUUAUUCUUAACCAAAUUCUGCAUCUUGAUUCAGACAAAAAAUAUUUCUAUUUCAGGAAUGGCACAAAGUCCAGAUACAUGAGAUGCACCUAAUUUCUUACAACUUUUUAUUCUUAAUUUGUGCCUAAUGUAUGAGAUAUGAAUUUUGAUGAAUAAAAAAAGGAAGAUAAGAAUUCUAUUUUAUUGCCCGUCCUAAUGAGAGGUUCCCCUAAGUUUGUCUCUACAAUCAGGGAGGCAUUAAGAGUAUUCACAACUGAGUGCUAAGGCUUGCCUGAGUGUUGAACUCAGCUCCCACAGCACACUGACUGAGAAUCCUUCUUUGGAUAUUUGGAAACAAGGCAAACCUCAUGAUGAGUUCAGUAAAGCCUUGGAAACUGUCACCUAUGGCGUUCUCCUGGAGAAGGUGGCAGCAGGUGCACUCUUAGCUGGGUUAAAGCUGGAUGGCCAUGCCCAGAGGGUGGCAGGGAAAGCUGUUUAUCCAGCUGGCAGCUGGUCAGGAGUGUGGUUCCCCAGGGGAACCACUUCUGUUGGAGCCAGUUCUGUUUAAUGUCCCUUAUCAAUGAUCUGGACAAAGGGAUCAAGGGCAUCCUCAGUGAGUUUGCAGCCAAUCCUAAGUUGGGUGGGACUGUUGAAGGCUCUGCAGAGGGACCUGGACAGGCUGGAUCCAUGGGCCCAGGUCAGUGGAGUGCUCAGUGUGGCCAAAUGCCAAGUCUUGUCCCUGGAUCACAAGAACCCAUUUCGGUGCUGCAGGCUGGGGUAGAGUGGCAAAGGAGCUGGAGGUGCUGGCCAGGAGCAGCUGAGCAUGAGCCAGCUGUGCCCAGGUGGGCACAAAGACCAAUGGCAUCCUGGCCUGUGUCAGAAACAGGGUGGGAGCAGGAGCUGACUGUCCCCCUGCACCUGGCACAGGUGAAGCCAUGCAUUGAGACUUGUGUCCAGUUCUGGCCUCUCAGUUUCAGGCAGACACUGAGGUGCUGGAGCAUGUCCAGAGAAGGGCAGUGAAGCUGCUGAGGCAUCUGGAAAGAUUAAGUCAUAGGAAGGAUUGGUUGAAGGAGCUGUGGUUGUUUAGUUAGAUGAGGAGGCUCAGAGGAGUCCUAUCACUCUCCACAACUAGGUGGAAAGAGCUUGUAGCAGGUGUGGGAAUCAGCCUCUUCUACCAGGCAGCUAGGGACAAGACAAGGGAACAUAACCUCAGGAUGCACACAGUGAGGUGCAGGUUGGAUAUCAAGAAGAAUUUUUUCAUUGAGGGUAUUGAAACAGGUUGUCCUGGGAGGUGGUGGGGUCAUCAUCUUUGGGUGUGUUCAAGAAAUGACUGCACAUGGCACUUACUGUUGUGAUUUAUUUGUCAUGGUGAUACUUGGUCAAAGAUUGGACCUGAUAAUUUUGGUGAUGUUUUCCAGCAUUAACGAUUCUGGUUUUUCCUGUUUUCAUUCAAGGAUUUGAGAAAAUGGUGACAGGGCUAAAAUUUCAAUAGUGAUUAAGUGAGCUUUUUUUUUCUUAGAUGCUUCUUUGAAAGUACAUAUCUUCACUAGUAUGAAAUACAUAUCAGCCGUGGCCUUUUCCAGCAACAGCUUGUCAUAAAUUGUGUUCUGAGCACAGUUAGGCUCAUUUGUGUCCUGUGGAAAGCUCAAAAGGAAAAUAUCUAGACAAACUGGUACAUAAAGGUUAGUAGAUAAAUACCUUAAUGGAAAAAUUAAUAAAUUUCCAGAAGUUUCCUUCAUAAAGAGUUCUACAGAAGGAAAAAUACUUUGGGAAACAUAGCUUCAGAGCAAGUAUUACUAUGGGGAAAGGCAAGAGUUUUGACGAUGUUUUAUUCUUAAUGUGCCAUUAAGAUGAUCAGUCUAAUCAUAUAUGUAAUGCACAUCCUUGCUGUGGCUUCCUUCACUGCAGACUCCAACUGGGAGUGUUUCCAGAGAGAAUUUCUGGAGCUAUGGAGUCUGUUAGAGUUACCUGCCAAGUCCUACAUGGCAUUGUGGGACUUAGCAAACUUUUGCAUUAUGUAACAAUUUAUUUGGAGGCAAAUUAGCAUAGUUAGCCUGUAAAUGUCACCAAUUUUCAUUAAAACUAUUAUAAACUAGAUUUUUUUAUAUAUACUGGGUAGUAGCCUUAUCAAUAAAGCUCAUUUUAUACAAACAGCUACUUAUGAAUGUGAUAAAGUUGAUGGAAAAUAAAAAAAACCCCACAUUUUCUAUUUAGUUUCUCUUAAGAAAAUGGACAGAGAAGAAAAUAGUGGUGUCAGUAGUCACUUACAAUGCAGUAGUACUUCCAGAAGCAUUAUAUUUUUUUGGAAUCCUCAUAAAGUGCUGAUGUUGCUUGUUUGGGGGCAAAGUUUGAAACAAAUAUGAGGGCAGCAUUUUGUAAUAAUUAUUUGAUGUUAAGACUGAUUCUAGAAUUCAAAUAGAAUUCCUCUUCUAGGCAGACCUGUUACUUGCUUCCAAUGCAUACUUUGUCUGACUAAGAUGCAUACAAUGACACUUUCUGGAAGUGUUGUAGUGAAUUCUAACCUAUAUUCCUGUAGUAGAAAAUCUAGUAGCUUCAAAAGUUCCCGGAGUCCUUUCAUACUCAACCUCACACUUGCAAAACACACGUUCUUCUGAGGUCAAAUUCAGAGCCAGCAUGUGGAGGGUGAGAAUGAGCACCAGGCAGCAAAGGGCUCCUGUUCACCCCAGCAAGUUUUGCUCCAGAAUUGCAACCGGCUCUGAAAAAUAAGGGUUUGAGAAUGGGAAGCGUGAGGACAGGCCUCCUGAUCUUUUUUUUUUCUCCUUUCGCUUAUUCUUUACUUAUCCUCAGUGUUUUAUUGAACACUGCCUGCUGGGUGACAGUCCCAUUUCCAGGGCAAUUCUGUAAAAGCAGAUUUUUUUUUACAGGCUCUUUUUGGAUGUCCCUGACUGAGAUGCCAAAGCAGAAAGUGCGCAACAGUCUUUUUUCAAAUCAGUUUGCCUUGGUGGGAUGAAGCAGUGUGAGGAAGUAUGGGGCACCUCUCCCUGUGCUGUUCCUGUCCUUUUAGUCACUUCCCCAAGCACCACAGUCUUUUCCCAUUAUGUCUCUUCCUACACAUGCACAUACAUCCUAAAUACCCUUCUUUGGAUAUUUGGAAGCAAGGCAAACCUCAUGAUGACUUCAGUAAAUCCUUGGAAACUGUCACAGUCGUAUAAUUUUUAAAUUUCUACCAUGGAUUCCUUUUGACAAUUUUUAUCUGAUAUUGCCAUUGCAAACAUAUUUACUAGAAAUUUGGAUUGUCACAAGCUUGGCAUCGCCAUAAUAGCACAUUACCACAGCAGCACAAAGUUCUAAUGGCACAACAAGGAACAGUAGGGAAAUCACUGCACUACUCCAUUGUAGAAAUGAACUUUUUAAAUCCAGGACUGGGAUGUAGUCUUGAAAUGUAAUGGUGUAUUCCCUCUGCACUGCAUUCAGAAUGGUCUUGUGUGAGUUCUGCUGGCUCAUUCUGUCUUCUUGAUACAAGCUCUGUAUUGCUGGCUGUUCUCUGGAGUUUGCAUUCUUACUGACAUGAGCUACUUGUUCAGAUGCAACAGGGGGAGAAAUUAGAAUUAAACCUAGUGGAGUCUAAAGCUGGUGAGAUUUUAACCACUGAGAACAUGAUGAUUUCUCUGUUAAUUAAAAAAAAAAAAAAACAGAUCACAUUUUCUUUUCUUGUUCUAUUUAAUUGACUUGGAGUUUCGUAUUGAAAAAUCUUCCAAACUGUUGGCUAUAAUUUUUACCUAGAGUAGUAUCACUGAAAUUUCAGUUCUUUGAAAUAAUCUCAUGUAAAAUCUAACUGAAUAAGAUACUUCAGUCAUUUUUUUUACUCUGAUAGUCCUGGCUAACUUGCAAUAUCAUGAUCAUAACAGAUUUCUUAAAAUGUGUAUAUAUUUGAAAUUUAUGUAAUGUUUAAAUACAACUUGAUUUCUAAGUAAGCAGUAAGAACAAAAUUUCAGCUAUUUUUUCUACUCAUAAAUCUACACUUUGUAAGUAAUAUUUGAAACAAGUUUACAGUAUCAGAGAGCAUUUUUGGAGAAAUCUACUUUUCUGUGCAAAAGCUGUAAGUUCCUCCAGCAUGUCAGCUUUCAGUUUAUUUUGUGUUUUAAGAUUGCUUUUACAAGCAGCUGUGUACCCCAGAAAUUAAAGAAUUCACUGAGGAAAAAGUUGUAAAUCUGAUUAACUAUUGUAAGACACUUUUGGCAUAAAUUUGUCUUUGGGAUGCUGUUUACUUUAUCAAGGUUUACAUUUACAAAUGCAACUAGCUGUAUCAUGCACAUUUGAUUAUUACUUUUUUUUUCAGUAAUAAACUUGGAUAUCUUUGAAAAA